AUGGGGGUGGAAAUGGAACAGGAUCAAGUGGAGUACGACGUUGGUUGCUGAUCCAUGAAGGAAUCAAGAGAUAAAGAACAGAGAAAGCCCCCAAAAGGUGGAAUUUUUAUCCCCUGUUUCGGUUGGGCCGUUCGAAUGCACCGUGGCCAAACGGUUGAUCGCUCUCCCUUUCCCUCUUCUUCAGUCCAGUAGUGUCUUCAAGUUCAUCCCCUCCCUCCCUGUAUCUCUCUCUCUCUCUCUCUCUCUCUAAGCCUGCGAUUUCGAAAGGGCACUGCAGAGUCACCGGCCACAACACAACCACGAGAAUGCUGCAGCUGCGAGCGCUCGUCUUCAACCUCCCGCGAGCACGGCUUCCGUCCAGCCCCUUUCCGACACCCUUCGGCCCGUUCAACUCGUGCAUGCAGAGGAGAUGGCGAAAGCCGGUCGCCACCGCCCAGACUCGCUUGGAAGGCCGAACCCGAGACCCCAAGCUCGACAGGCUCGCGACCCGCCUCGCCACCCUCAAGACCGUCCUCAGCCUCCACGCCCUCAUGUCCGCCCGCAGGAGAGGGCCCUUCGUCUCGCUCCAGCGCGUGUCUCGCUGGAGGGGCCUCGUCGGGCUCAACGUCGCCGUGGGGGCCUUCGUCCGCAGGCACCCCCACGUGUUCGAGGUAUUUACCCACCCGCUUCGUAGGAACUUAUGUUGCAGAAUUAGGCGUGGAAUGAAGGAGCUGGUUAAGGAAGAGGAGGGUGUUGUCAAACGUAUGGAACUGGAGUGUGUGCAGAGAGUGAAGAAGCUGUUGAUGAUGUCGGUUAAUGGGAGAGUUCAUGUGCACGCAUUGAGGUUGAUUAGGAGGGAAUUGGGUCUACCCGAGGAGUUCCGAGAGUCGAUCCUUGUCAAGUACUCGCGGGAUUUCAGGCUUGUUGACUUGGAGGUUGUGGAAUUGGUGGAGAGGGAUGAGGAUUUGGGCGUGGUCGAGAUUGAGAAGUGGAGAGAGAAGGAAUAUAGAGAGAAAUGGUUGAGUGAGUUCGAAACUAGGUUUGCCUUUCCAAUUAAUUUCCCUACUGGUUUUAAGAUCGAGGGAGGAUUUAGACAGAAGAUGAAGAAUUGGCAGAGGCUUCCAUAUGUGAAGCCAUACGAGAGGAAAGAAAUCGUUAAAGUGCGUACCUGCGGUGGUGUAGAGCGAUUUGAGAAGCGGGCUGUCGCGAUUAUUCACGAAUUGUUGAGCUUAACUGUGGAGAAGAUGGUGGAGGUGGAGAGAUUAGCUCAUUUCAGGAAGGACUUUGGGAUGGAAGUUAACAUGCGUGAAUUACUUCUGAAACACCCAGGAAUUUUCUAUAUAUCUACUAAAGGGAGCUCACAGGUUGUCUUUCUCAGAGAAGCUUAUAGCAAAGGGUGUUUGUUAGAGCCAAAUCCCAUCUAUGCUGUUCACAGGAAAAUGUUGGAGCUCCUUCUGUUAAGACGCCGGAACACUAAGGUAUUAUCAGUUAUUGAGGAGAACAAUUUGGUCUAUACUGUAGAUGAAGGGCAUAAAAGAGAGGGAGAUUGGGUAGUUCCCAUAUUAGAGAGUUUGGAAAAUCACGGAGUUGAGAGAUGAUCUGAUUGCCAUCAUUUACAUCAAGAGAUGAUAUUUCUGGACAUGAAAAUGAAGUGGACAGCUUGACGCAUGUGGUAGAAUGAUGAAGUUCCACCGUCCAUGGUUCAGACACGUGCUUUUACAAGAGAGAAGUUAUUUAGUAAGUUAAUUUUACUGGACAUUAAGAUGGUUGGGAUUUACUCAGAUGACGUUGAAUUACGGGCUGAAGUAGUCAUGCCGUGAUGUGAGUCUCCUGACAAUGUAAACUUGUCCUAAUAAAAAGUCAGGAUGUCUGCUGUUGGACAUGUAUUGGAGAUUUGACCCGCCAGGUUCUUUACCAUCAAACUCCAAUUGUUCCCACGCAAUGGCCUCGACUCGAGGUCAGUGAAUCUCAGGAGUGCGCGAGCGCGGGAGUUUUGCAAGGAAAAAUGAAGGCUCCGAAGGGGUUUCCAUCCGUUAUGUGCAGCUAGUAACGGUAUGGCUAAUCUGCUCAGCUUUAUCUGCAUCGCUAUCGAAUAUGACAUCGGACAAGAAACGAACACUGACUAAGCACUGCUACGCGUGGCCGAAACUCAAAGAGUCCGGAAAUGUUGCGAACUCGACUCUAUGGGUAAUGUGACGGAAGAGAGGGUC